UCGCAAAUCUUACUUUACGUAGUAAAUUUUCAAAGCUGCAGAUAGCUCAAAUAAUUUCUGGGGCAGCAGAAAAACUAUUUUUUUUUAAAAUUCUGUUUCAAACUUGUGAGCAAGAUCAAAUCUUUACGAAGUUUAACUUGUGCAUACUUCAAAGUUCUGAAAGUUGAUUUCUUCAUACUGACAUUUUUUUAAAAGAAAGUUUAGUUUAAGCGUAUCGAUUCCUUGUGCCUAUCGCAAAUUUGGCGACUUUGUCUCAGAUCCAUCCUCCCGUACUGAUUCUCGUACGCAGCUGCGAUCAAACUUUUUAAGUCACGACGCUGUUUGCGCAGAGAAUCUGGACGUGCGACGAAAUCUGGGGUUUCUUUAAGCCUUUUUGCUGAUUCUUCUUUCAGUGCUUCUAUCAGUGUCAGCUAAAAGUAGUGCCGAGAACGCGGAGGUAUUCAUAAAUUUUCUAAAAAUCAAAAUCUUCUCUACUCGUCGGGAAAUAGUGCGUCGACCCAUAGACAUCGCGUCGCGUAAAUAAACAAGUAACGCUACCUUGUCUACAUUGAAUUGCGACUCGUGUGAGAGUUACGGGAAGCAACUCAAUGAAGAGAAUAGCAUAAAACGAAAUUAUCGCGAAUUUGUUUUUUUAGAAACUUGUUUUUCUCCCAUUCACGUUCAUGGCACCGAGAGAGGUCUCGAAAACGCUGAUGCCAGUAAACACAAAGCGAACCUGACCGAGUCCAUACUACGUACUUCAUGCCGGGUCAAUUGAGGACGAGUGGGAGGCGGUGAGAUUGGACACCAGAAUCAGGUACCAAAGCCUAAUCAUGAACCAGAACCGAGAGCAAACCUUCCAGCUUAGAAAGAGGCGUCUUUUCAGGCAAGUUUUCUGCCAGGUAUGGCGAGAAUCUAUUCGGGAAUGUCAAACCCAGCUGGAGGUGACGAGAGCAUUAAGUCAGUCUAAGACGCGAAGGAAUCAGUGGAUUAGGAACAGAAAAUACCGGAUAUUGGGAGAGGUCUUGCCGCACAUGAGGAAGGAAGUAGCGGCUAACCGGCAAAAUUUUCGGCAGGUUCCGGAGUCAAAGGGACUGGGAUAACCACACCCGCCAAAAAUGAGGAUGAGGACCGCGUCAACGUCACAAAAUCUCCAAGGAAGCGCAUUCAAAUAUUUGCGGACUUCACUGCACAAUCCCUGGUUUCAAAUAUCGCCCAUAAGUUCGGUGAAGACUUCGAAGUCUCGGAAGAAGGGGGUAGAUUGGACAGAUUUGAAGUCAUCGUCGACAAAAUUUCAAAACAGAACGACGAGCAACGCUUAGGCGACGUCAUCAUUGUCAUGGCUGGUACAUUAAACGUACACCCCGUACAGGAACCUGAGAAGAUCGGCAGCGGCCUGUCAUUGGAAUGUCUGGAAGCAAUAGCCGAAAGGCCUGUGUUUUUAUUCAGUGUACCACAUCAACACAAGCCCAAGUACGAUCCUCUGGUCCAGAUCGUGAACAAAAUUUUGAGAGAGAAUGCGGGAAGGUGUCGCCAUCUAAAGUACCAAUCGUUAGCAAACUUAGAGGCGGACGAAUACCGGACGGUAUAUAGUCCCGUCCAGAGAAAACUACCGCACUUUCCCGACUACUGGGUUACUCGUCAGUUGUCCGAGUCAGCACGUCAGAAAAUAGCGAACUUUGUGUUUAAAGCGCUACGACAACACAAGGUAGCUGAAUCAAGUCCUAAGUCUUUUCCUGAGAGCGAUGUUGGAGCAUGCGGCGAAACUACGGCCCGCGGCUCGAAACGGACGUUUUCUAAUGAGGACACCGAGAUUUUGCCUAGAAACAAUUACAAGAGGGCAAAAACAUGCAAGGUACAGAACAAUUUCAGUAGAAAAGAGGUGAUUUUGAGCAACUUUGGAUACGAUUUUUCGGAUUCAGAUACUGUAUAUCACGAACCUAUUUACGUGAGAAGUGUAAAUUUCAUGCAGAAUAAAAACUUUAAGCGAGAGGUUUAUUCGAACGAUAAGUUUUCGUCCGAAGUAAAGGAGGUCACAGAGCGGGCUCACUCCUUGUCUGAUUGUAAGGAUACGAAUUUUGGGUCUAAUGCAUCUCUAAGCAGUGUUUCAGAUAGUGCUGAAGAAAUUGGCGAAAGCAAGGAGAUAGUCGAGCCCGUUAGGGAGCGUGGAGAUCCCGACACGUUCAAGCUUUGCGAACCUGAGGAGAGCCCAGCCGCAUGUGAAACUCAGAAUGGAAAUUUUCACAGCAUACAAAUAUUCCCUACGGAAUUCAAGUCCUGUUCGCAAGGGGAGUUUCCUAAUGCCGUCUUGGAAUUCGCAUCACUGACGAGAAACGCAUUUCCAGUCCAUGUCGCUUGAAUAGUACACGUCGCAGAUGACACCCAACCGAAGUGAUACUAACUUCACUGCCCAUGGCAGGCCGCAGGCCGGCUCAUUCCAGUUGGUGCCUGUGGGAUUUUGGUCAUCCCGGUUCUUCGCUCGGAGCAUCUCCCUGGGCUCACAGGCUCAUCAGGAAGAUAUAUAA